CCGUCGUUGACGAGAAAGCCCGGCCCAAGCGGUACCAAUGAAAAACGCAGUGACAGAUUAAUCCUUGCAACCAAACGGCUUUCCUUUCCUCUCUCGGCCAAUCGCGAGCUGGAGUAGUGGGUGGAGCAACCAGCAGAGAUUGUAGAACAGACGGUGGCUGCGACGAAUUGGCGGGGCGGAGUUGCAGAUCGGAGAGAGGGGAAGGAGAUCGAAAGAGAGGCGGCGAAAAUGGGCGGGGGAAUGGAGGCAAACAAGAACAAGUUCAUCGAAGACUGGGGCGCCGCCCGCGAGAACCUGGAGCACAACUUCCGAUGGACUCGCCGCAACUUUGCCCUCAUCGGCUUGUUCGGCAUCGCCCUCCCCAUCCUUGUUUACAAGGGGACCGUCAAGGAAUUCCAUAUGCAAGAUGAAGAUGCCGGCAGGCCGUACAGGAAGUUUCUUUGAGUUCAUCUAAAGAUCGUGAAACAAAAUAAUUGCAGAACGUAUGGAUUAUGGAUUUAGUCUCUUGUCUAUUUCCAUUUCGACAAGCUUCUGACUCUUUCGCCUGCAAUGGUGACUCUGUAUGUUCUCUUCAUCUAUGUCUUGGUGGUGGUUUUUACUAUGUUUUGUAAUCCUUGAACACUUUUUUCUUCACCAGUGAUAAUCUUGCAUUUUUGUUCAGAGUUGUGAUACCUUACCUUACUGACCGGUUGUACUGGUCUAAACGAUAUAUUGGUGACCAAGCCGGUGUGCUUUUAUCACCACUUUUUUAAGGUCUUGCUAUCCUAAUUCUACGAUUACUUUAAACCGUUCGUCUCACCGGUGAAAUAUUCAAUACGUUUUCACGAUCAUUUCCCCCUUUACUUGUGUCAUGCUUGGUUUUUUUCCGGGUUGAUGAGCAAAUAAAGAAUGUUGGAGGGUCCUGGUGGGUGCACCAUUUCAAGUAAGCUAACCCUAACGAUGAUAGGAAACAUGGAUAAGAAUGAGAGUUGAGACUUGAAAGCAUUAAAAAAGGAGACAUGGAGUUUUGAAGCUCAGAAGCAGCGUGGAUGUGAAACUCUGUACUUCAUCGGAACUGGUAGAUGGUCGACCACAAAGUAGUAGCAGCUGGCCGCGGCUACUUGAACGUAAUAGAGCCAAGCUCGUCGCCAUUAUGGGUUUACCCACAGAACUGUCACUAUUCCCAGCAGCAUCACUGCGUAAGAUCCUGAAAAGCUGACAAAGAAAGCACCCAUAUCUAUGGAACCAUCACCGUCACUUUCCUCAUUGAUCCGAGGAGGGGCUUCCGGCAUUCCAUCAUCCUCUCUUGUGUGGUAGCAAUUUUUUUGGCAGAGGCCAUCCGCAUAGCAGAUCAUUGCCUUGGUGGCUACUCUCAUCAAAUGUCCCAAAUUGUGCUACAUUUCCUAGUGUCUUGCCUGACAAGUUAUUGUGUGCCACACUGAAGUCUGCUAAGAAGUUCAGCUCGACGAGGUUGUUGGGGAUUGUUCCGUUGAGCUUGUUGUAUGAUAGAUCCAAGCUCUCAAUUUGCUUCAAGUUGGAGAAUGUCGACGGGAUGGAUCCAGAGAGAAAGUUAUGAGACAAAUUCAGUACCUUGAUGUUGGUAAAGUUGCCGAAUUCAGGUGGGAUUUCGCCUGUCAGACUGUUAUUGGAGAGAUUGAUUCCAGAGAUGUAGAAGAGAAUAGUUCCUUGGUACAACUGGGACAAUCCCUUUCCUUCGAGGGCAUUGCUUGAGAAUUGAGAUGUCCAAGGCUGUUAGUCGCAAGUGAGAUUGGUUGGGUAGCAGGAGGAUCCCUGAAAGAGAACUGUUUGCCAGAAUGAGUUGAGCCAGAUUGGUGUUAUUCUCCAGCAACCAGGAAGGGAAACCACCUCGAAAUGAAUCAUGCGACAGAUCAAGAAACUGCAGAUGCCUCUGAUGGUAUAGAAAGUUGGGGAAUGGCUGUCCAGGAACAUGACUCUGGCUGCUGGACAAGUCAAGGGUCCGCAGUUGGAACUCGGAGACUGAAGAAUUAGGCGAGUACUUCUCAUCUUUUGCAUAGACUCCUGUUAUAUAAUUGUUCCUGGCUUCUAAGUUUCUGGAGGUUUGAGUGGUUGAAAAAUGGGGUUAGGGAGAUUGGGAGAUUGGGAGACGGAGAUGGAAAUGGUUGUCUGACAAAGACAGAUCUUUUAUGAACAGUAGAUUUUUGAGUGGUGAGUUAGACAUCAUAUCUUCGGUGUGAAGUGAUUGUCAGAGAGGUCUAAGCUUCUAAGUGAUGUGAGAUUUGCCAAACACGACGGCAACCCACCGUUAAGAUUAUUGGAGCCGACGUCGAGGUUUGCCAAACAUGAUGUGAUACAAUUGAAUAUUGAGAUGGU